AUGGCAGUUUUGUUUGACAAGCAAGCUGAUCUCUACUUGGAUGGAAGGCCAACUUAUCCAACCCAAUGGUAUUCAAUGCUGGCUGAUCACACCCUCCACCACUCUUUGGCUUGGGAUGUUGGUACUGGCAAUGGCCAAGCUGCUCUCGGUGUUGCUGAGCACUAUGAGCAAGUGAUUGGAACUGAUGUGAGUGAAGCUCAAUUAAAACAUGCAAUGGCGCAUCCAAGGGUUCGAUACCUUCCCACCCAAUUAUCCAUGUCUGAUGAUGAGCUAAUAACCUUAAUUGGGGGUGAAAAUUCAGUUGAUUUGGUGACAGUAGCGCAGGCUGUGCAUUGGUUUGAUCUGCCGAAAUUUUAUUCCCUUGUCGCACGCCUUCUAAGAAAGCCUGGAGGUGUACUUGCUGUUUGGUGCUACAAUGAUAUUCUAGUGAGUCCUGCAUUUGAACCAGUGUUUAAGCAAUUUCAUGACUCAACUCUUCCUUUUUGGCACCCAAAUAUUCAGCACAUAUUCGAUGGCUACAAGAAACUUCCAUUUCCUUUUGAGAAUAUUGGUUUAGGCUCUGAAGGGAAACCAUUAGAACUUGACAUAUCGAAGGAGCUGUCAUUUGAGGGAUUUUUGAAGAUGAUCAGUUCAUGGUCAGCAGUAAUUACAGCCAAAAACCAAGGUGUGGAUUUGUUGUCUCCGACUGUUGUUAAAGAGUUGGAGACUGUUUGGGGUGGACCUAAACUGGUUAGGUCUGUCACCUACAAGGCUUUUAUGCUUGCUGGAAAAGCUAAACUAUGA